AUGCCUAUUCUCUUCAAGGACCAUCAAUUGGACAGGUUUUGUCGUCAAUAUCUUCAACUUUUACCAAAUCUCGAAUACCCAGAUGAAGAACAUCUUCGAGAUGAUGCCUUCCAGGAAGCUAUCUACUCAAGACUUUUUGAGGAAAAUGUCUUGGAGUACCCUCCACCUCAGAGAUAUCAAUUGAAAACUCUGAAAGAACUCACUAAAAGAAUCGAGAACAGUAUUCACGAUUGGGAAGAACAGGGAAUAUCAGAUAAUCUCAUGAGCCAACUUUCCAUUCUCCUCUCUACUCCUAUUCCUUCAGAAGCUACAGCUGCUCAACAACAAUCUUAUGUGACUUAUACUCUCUCCUCUCUCCCUCCUAUUCCUUCUACCUCUACCUCACUAGCUUCGCAAACUCCAACAAUAACCAUCCUCGAAUCCGCAUCACUUUUAUCUGGUUCUGGAACCACAGGCCUUCGGACAUGGGAAGCCGCUCUUCACCUCUCAACUUAUAUCUCUCUUAAUCCUCAUCUUAUCUCCAACAAAACGAUAUUGGAGCUUGGCUGUGGCACCGGUUUUAUAUCAAUCCUGUGCGCCAAGUUUCUUUCCGCAAAGCACGUUCUGGCUACCGAUGGAAGCCCUGAAACAUUGACUCUGAUGAACACAAGCCUGUUUCUCAAUAAUCUAACAGAGGCUAUUACUCCUACGCCGUCUCAAAAUACGACCUCCAAAACAAGCAUAUGCGAACUUACCUGGGGUCACAUGCUUCCAACUGGGGAGUUUGAAACAUUUCCUGAGUUCCUAUCAUCUAAAUGCCCACCAUCUAACCCACCGCCCACUGCCGGAUCAAACGAGACUCCAUUGGAUCUAAUUCUUGCUGCAGAUGUGAUUUACUCCCCCGCUGUAAUCCCUUCUUUGAUUGCAACACUUGAAGACCUCUUUGAUCUGUACCCACAGGUAGAAGUGUUAAUCUCAAGUACGGUACGUAACGCCGAAACGUAUGCAAUAUUUGUAGAGAUGUGUAAAAAGAAACAGUGGCAAAUGGGGAGGGUAGGGUUUGAAGUGGCGGAAAGAAGUGAACAGGAAGGGCCGUGGUAUGGAGAGUUGGGGGAGGGAAUUGAGAUUCUUUGGAUUCGGAAAACUUAA